UGGGGAGCCCUUCCUUCCCUGCGGAGGCCGCAGUGGGUCCUGGGAAGUGCAGCGUCUGAGCCCGGCGGUCGCUGUCUCGGGCACCGUGGGCGUGGGCGUGGGGCGUUCUGGGAAUUGUAGUGUGUGUGAGGGGAGUCCUUCCUUCCCCGCGGAGGCCGCGGUGGGUCCGGGAAGUGUAGGCUCUGAGGCCUGCGGCCGGGUACACGGGUCGGUCCUUGCGGCUCCGGAAGGCGCGGUUUGCGCGACGCGAGCGGCAGAUCCGCAGACGCAGAGCCGAGUCGGGUUAGGGAGCGCCGAGGGCCGGAGGCGGCGGGCCCGGCGCCCGGAGCGCUCGGCGGGCGUUCUGCGGGGAGGGAGCCCCUGCGCCGAGGCCGUCUCCCCCACCGCCCUCCGGGCGCCAUGUCUCAGGGGUCGGUGACAUUCGGAGAUGUGGCCAUAGACUUCUCCCGGGAGGAGUGGGAGUGGCUUCAGCCUGCUCAGAGAGAUCUGUACAGGAUUGUCAUGCUGGAGAACUACGGCCACCUGGUCUCCCUGGCAGGUCUUAACAUUUCUAAGCCAGAUGUGGUUUCCUUAUUGGAGCAAGGGAAAGAGCCUUGGUUGGGGAAUGGAGAUGUGAGAAGAGAUCUCUUUUCAGUUUCAGAGUCAAAUGGUGAGAUCAAAGUGUUGUCUCCAAAAAAAGUCAUAUACGAAGAUGACUCAUCUCAGUAUUUGAUAAUGGAAAGAAUUCUAAGCCAAGGCCCUGAGUCUUCUCGUUUUAAAGGGGGCUGGAAAUAUGAGGAUGCUACUGAGAUGCUGCAAGGAAAUCAAGGAUGUAUUAGGCGAGUGACAGUCUCUCAUCAAGAAGCCCUGUCUCAACACAUGAGUAUCAAUACUGUGGAGAGGCCCCAUGGAUGCCAUGAAUGUGGAAAAACUUUCAGUCGGCGCUUUUCCCUUGUGUUACAUCAGAGAACUCAUACUGGAGAGAAACCAUAUGUGUGUAAGGAAUGUGGCAAAACCUUUAGCCAGAUCUCAAACCUUGUGAAACAUCAAAUGAUACAUACUGGAAAGAAACCCCAUGAGUGUAAGGACUGUAAUAAAACAUUUAGUUACCUUUCAUUUCUCAUUGAACACCAGAGGACACAUACUGGGGAGAAACCAUAUGAAUGCACUGAAUGUGGAAAGGCCUUUAGCCGUGCCUCAAACCUCACUCGACAUCAGAGAAUUCACAUAGGAAAGAAACAAUAUAUAUGUAGGAAAUGUGGGAAGGCCUUUAGCAGUGGCUCAGAACUCAUUCGUCAUCAGAUUACACACACUGGAGAGAAGCCUUAUGAAUGCAUUGAAUGUGGGAAGGCAUUUCGCCGUUCUUCACAUCUUACUCGACAUCAGACCAUCCAUACUACCAAAACCCCCUAUGAAUGCAACGAAUGUAGGAAAGCCUUCCGCUGCCACUCAUUCCUGAUUAAACACCAGAGAAUUCAUGCUGGAGAAAAGCUCUAUGAAUGUGAGGAAUGUGGUAAAGUUUUCACAUGGCAUGCAUCCCUUACGCAACAUAUGAAAAUUCAUACUGGAGAAAAACCCUAUGCAUGUACUGAAUGUGACAAAACCUUUAGUCGGAGCUUUUCCCUCAUUCUACAUCAGAUAACUCAUACUGGGGAGAAACCCUAUGUAUGUAAGGUAUGUAAUAAAUCCUUCAGCUGGAGCUCAAACCUUGCUAAACAUCAGAGAACACACACUCUGGAGAACCCCUAUGAAUAUGAAAAUUCAUUUAAUUACCACUCAUUCCUUACUGAACACCAGGGAAUUCACACUGUCGAGGAAACCUAAGAAUGUAUAGAUUAAAAAAAAAAAAAGUAGCUAAUGCCUUACUUUGACUUCAGAUAACUCUUAGUAUGUAGAAUGUGAAGAAAUGUGAUCCGUGCUUUAUUCAACAUCCUGGAGAAAAAUCCAGGAAUUUGUGGGAAAGCCAUUACUAGCUGCUUGUUCUUUUUGUAAUAUCAGAAGAUAACAUCAAUCAAUAUUGAGAAGGCUCUUCAUCUGGUGGGAUUCCUUUACCCUGCAUUUGUAAAUUCCUCCUGGGAAAGGACACAUGUCCAAUAAAUGUGAGAAAGCUGUUAAUUAGAUACUGGCGCUCAUUCUGCAUCUGUCAGCUCAAGCAGGACAGAAUACAUGAUGGGUAAAGGGUGCAUUUUUUCAUGGACAUCAGAAAAUUCCUAAUGAAGCAAAGGCAUAAAAACAGUGAUUUGAGAAUGGCUUUGUGUACCACCCAAUACUUAGUAAAUUUUAAAAUACUCUUCUAAAGAGAAAAAGCAGCUCUGUAAAUGAACUGAAUAUAGGGUGACUGUGCAGUAUUUCAAACCAACAGAAUUAAAUGGGAAAAAACUACCAUUGUAAUUAAAUGAGUGUGCCAAAAUCUUAGAGUUCUGAGAAGUCAUACUGGAGGGAAUCAGUUUGGGGAAUUUUUUUUUUUUUUUUUUUUUUUAAAGAUUGGCACCUGAACUAACAACUCUUGCCAAUCUUUUUUUUUCUUUUCUGCUUU